CGACCUCGCCCUCCUGACAUUGUGUCUUACUUAUCACACAUCGCUUAUCGACUGCCGAUACGAAAACAUCGAUAUAAAUUACGUUAUCACUAAAAUUGCGUCGGUUGUGUACUUGCGACCUCGAGUUAUUAUUUAAAUUUCAAACAUAGGCUUAUCAGUCUCAUUAAAGGAAAGUUGCGGGUGAUUCCUGUCAUAAAUAUUACUGUUUGUUUACUCGGAUCAAGUGUAGGCUGUGAUUAUGGUGCGCUAACCGUAGUGUUGUUCCCGUGGGUGUUUUAAUUCAUAAAUUAUCAUCGCUAUUUGCCCAAGAUGGAUCGGACAAUGUACGGCAAGGUGCUGCCAGGCACUUAUUACCCGUUUCGCUGCGCGAUGAAGGAGAACGGAAUAUCGCCGGGCUAUGCCCUGCUCGCUGACCUCCAGAACUCGAUAAACCCUGGCAGGGUUAGUAGUCCCGGUGGUAGAACAGGAUCACCUGGCGGUCGAACCAACUCCCCUGGCCGAACCGGUUCACCCCUCGGUCGUGGUAGCUCUCCGGGACGAUUGAGUUCACCUGGAGGUAGCCUCAGCUCACCAACUUCAACCGGCUAUGGUUCUAUCAAUGGCUCAAGAAAUAUUAGUUCGGACUACGCUAAACCUGCUUCUCCAACCUACCAAAACACAACUACAGUUCACGAGAAGAUUGCUCCGGCCAAAUACAGCACAAACUACAUUAAUGCCCCCGGCUACGGCAGUCAUUCCCCUGGGUACAAUAGUCAGUCUCCUGGGUUUACGAGUGUGUCACCUGGCUACGGGAGGACCACCGGCCGUGCCAAUUUUUCGGAACUUGACACUCUGUUGGAUGACUUGAGCAACGCCAGAUACGGAAAUUAUGCAGAGAAAACCACAUUAACCGAAAGAAAUGAUGGAUAUUCUCGUACGAAUGGAGCUACUAGUCCGGCUUCGACGAGACCCACCGUAGAUUCUCUAUUGGAUCAACUAAGUACCGACGUGCCCAAUGGUCGGGCAUCAGUAUCCCCAGUUCCGCCGUCAUCGUCUGGCACCUUACCACGGCCAGGAACCAAGCAGGUUACGGUGACCGUCCAGGAAACCGUGGUAGAACCGGCGCAACCUCCGCAACCGCAACCGCAGCCAUCAGUGGCCGCAGUAACGACAGUUCGUCACCAUCACGCUUCCAGUGCUACUAAAGAGCUUGACGAUCUCAUGGCGUCUCUCUCUGACUUCAAGGUAAGCGGUGCAGGUGCAGCUCCAGGGGGAGAAAGCGGUACCCACGUUUACCGAGAGAAGCGUGCUUGGCAGGAACAAUACCGCAGCAACCCGCGGCAACCCGAAUCCGCAUCUUUAGAACAUAUGCUCGGAUCUCUCCGAGCAGACAUGAGCCGUCAAGGAGUACAAACCCCCCAGAAGGGAUGCUGCAACGCCUGCGAGAAGCCCAUCGUCGGACAGGUCAUCACAGCGUUGGGCCGCACUUGGCAUCCGGAACAUUUCACAUGCGCUCACUGCAAUCAAGAAUUAGGCACGAGGAACUUCUUCGAGCGCGACAGCAGACCAUACUGCGAGCCCGACUACCAUAACCUCUUCUCGCCGCGAUGCGCUUAUUGCAACGGACCCAUUCUCGACAAAUGCGUGACAGCUCUCGAGAAGACUUGGCACACGGAGCACUUCUUCUGUGCUCAGUGCGGCCAGCAGUUUGGUGAGGAGGGAUUCCACGAAAGGGAUGGCAAACCAUACUGCCGGGCUGACUACUUUGAUAUGUUUGCGCCCAAGUGUGGUGGUUGCAACAAACCUAUCAUGGAAAACUACAUUUCCGCCCUCAACACUCAAUGGCAUCCAGACUGCUUCGUCUGCAAGGAAUGCCGUGAACCUUUCCACGGGGGCUCCUUCUUUGAGCACGAAGGGCAGCCCUACUGCGAGACCCAUUACCACGGCAAGCGGGGCUCGCUGUGCGCCGGCUGUCACAAGCCCAUCGCCGGCCGCUGCAUCACCGCCAUGUUCCGAAAGUUCCACCCCGAACACUUCGUCUGUGCUUUCUGCCUCCGACAACUCAACAAAGGAACCUUCAAGGAGCAAAAUGACAAACCAUAUUGCCACGCUUGCUUCGAUAAGCUUUUCGGAUAAACUCUAUAGACGCCGCUUUCCUAUAAUUACUUUUCGUUAUCUGUGGACUUUUAUGUCAAUACGCAGCGGAUGUUCAUAUUUCUUAACUCAGGAUUCGAAAUGCGUAGAUUUAAAUAAGCGACUUAUUUUACUUUCUGCAUAUUAUUUUUAGAGAAAUGUAUAGUAAUAGUCUAUUCAAGCUUUAGUAAUAACAAAACAACGCUAUAUAAUAAGUGAACCACGGCGCAGUAAAGAUAGUAAAUUAUUUUAUACUUUUAAUAAGUGGCACAGAUUAAAAA